AUGGAGCGGAUGGAGUCCAUGGAACCGAUCUCGGCGAACUACACCACGGCUUACCCGGAGAUCCAGCCCGACAGCGGCUACGGCUCCGGAGAGACCGAGAGCCAGGCGAAGACUCCACCAGCCCCGACGUAUGACGAGGAGUUGGUGCACAAGACAAUCCUGGUCGGGGACAGUGGAGUGGGAAAGACGUCUCUGUUGGUGCAGUUCGAUCAGGGCAAGUUCAUUCCUGGCUCCUUCUCUGCCACAGUGGGCAUUGGAUUCACGAACAAAGUGGUGACUGUGGACGAUGUAAAGGUCAGAUUACAGAUUUGGGACACAGCAGGACAGGAGAGGUUCAGAAGUGUGACACACGCAUAUUACAGAGAUGCACACGCUUUGCUCCUCCUGUAUGACAUCACCAGCAGAUCGUCUUUUGACAACAUCAGGGCAUGGCUAACGGAGAUCCAUGAGUAUGCGCAGACCGACGUAGUCAUCAUGUUGCUGGGCAACAAGGCCGACAUGAGCAGCGUGAGAGCGAUCAAGAGAGAUGAAGGAGAGAGGCUGGCCAGGGAGUAUUCAGUUCCCUUUAUGGAGACGAGUGCCAUGACCGGAGUCAACGUAGAGCUGGCCUUCACUGCUGUGUCCAAGGAGCUGAAGCACCGAGCCGUCCAGCACCCCAGCGAACCAAGUUUCCAGAUUCAUGAAUACAUUGAAGCACGGAAGGAGAAGUCAGGCUGCUGCAGCUACUUCUGA